UAUUGUUAAUUAAUGUGAAUAUCAAAUUAAACACUUGAAACUUACAUAUUUAUUAUGCAGGUAGGAGGCAAGGUGGAAUCUAUUUUUAACUCUUAUGCACUCCAUGGUGCGCAAACAACUUGGUUCUCAAAUUUGUAUUUUCAGUGCUGGUAUCAGUGGUUUGAUUUUCAGCAAAUGUGACAGUGGCCUUUGCAGUGGUCAGCUCCGGGCUUUGAACUCUCAGAGGAGGAAGGGAAAAAAAUUCAACACACCACCUCCUUGGUUGCAGCCUCAGAGAAACCUUGGAUGAGAAACUUCUUUUUUCAAUCCUGUUUUCCUGUUGAUAAAUUCAGUUCUCGUGAUCACAGUACAUUCAAGCUGUUCUGCGUAUGAUUUUGUGUGUGUGACAAUUGCAUCUAAAACUUGUGAGCAAGAAGACGGAGAAAUCAGUUGGUCUCCAUCGCUUUACAUAAAAAUGGCUGAGUGUCUUGUCUUGCUAGCACUGCAUUAAGUGAUACAUACAGAUCUUGAUGUGGAGGCGAUGGAGGACUCAGAACCAAGGAUUUCCAAGUGAUUUCUUCCAAAGCACGAGAAACUAACUCUGUUAAGGCUGGUCUGUUCUAACUGAGAUGACAGUCAUGUCCCUUUCCAGGGACCUCAAGGACGACUUUCACAGUGACACAGUGCUCUCCAUCUUAAAUGAGCAGCGCAUUCGAGGCAUUUUAUGUGAUGUCACGAUCAUUGUGGAAGACACCAAAUUUAAAGCCCACAGCAAUGUCCUGGCUGCUUCGAGCCUUUAUUUCAAAAAUAUCUUUUGGAGCCAUACAAUCUGUAUUUCCAGCCAUGUCCUGGAGCUGGAUGAUCUCAAAGCUGAAGUGUUUACAGAAAUCCUUAAUUAUAUCUACAGCUCCACAGUUGUCGUCAAGAGGCAGGAGACAGUCACUGACCUUGCGGCCGCAGGGAAAAAGCUGGGAAUAUCCUUCUUGGAAGAUCUUACCGAUCGCAGCUUUUCCAAUUCCCCGGGUCCCUAUGUAUUCUGCAUUACUGAGAAGGGAGUGGUUAAAGAAGAAAAAAAUGAAAAAAGGCAUGAAGAACCGGCCAUCACUAAUGGGCCAAGGAUCACAAAUGCAUUUUCCAUCAUUGAGACAGAAAAUAGUAAUAACAUGUUUUCUCCGCUGGACUUGAGGGCAAGUUUCAAGAAGGUCUCUGACUCCAUGAGAACCGCUGGUCUCUGCCUGGAGAGGACUGAUGUCUGCCACGAGGCGGAGCCCGUCCGGACCCUGGCCGAGCACUCGUAUGCCGUUUCUUCCGUGGCUGAGGCUUACAGGAGUCAGCCUGUACGUGAACGUGAUAGCACUUCACCUGGUAAAGCAGGUAAAGAAAAUGGCGAAGCUCUUACAGCAAAGCCAAAAACAUGCCGAAAGCCAAAGACACUCUCCCUACCCCAGGAUUCUGAUUCAGCUGCAGAAAGUAUACCACCUCCUCCAGUAACCAACGCAGAGGUUAAUCAAGAAAGAAGUCCACAGCCAGCUGCAGUUCUUUCUCAUUCAAAGUCUCCCAACAAUGAAGGAGAUGUCCGUUUUUCCAGGGAAGAUGAAAAUAAAUCCUCUGACGUUCCCGGGCCGCCGGCAGCAGAGGUUCCGCCUCUCGUUUACAAUUGUAGCUGUUGUUCCAAAUCCUUUGACAGCAGCACUCUGCUCAGUGCCCACAUGCAGCUGCACAAGCCAACCCAGGAGCCUUUGGUGUGCAAGCACUGCAACAAGCAGUUCAGCUCCCUGAGCAGAUUGGACCGGCACGAGCAGAUCUGUAUGCGGCCCAGCCACAUGCCCGUUCCGGGAGGAAAUCAGCGCUUUUUAGAAAACUAUCCUACCAUUGGACAAAAUGGAAGUUCAUUCACGGGUCCAGAACCUUUAUUAUCUGAUAAUAGGAUUGGUGACUUUUCCAGUACCGGAAGUACCUUGCCAGAAACAGACCACAUGGUUAAAUUUGUUAAUGGGCAGAUGCUCUACAGUUGUGUUGUAUGCAAACGUAGUUACGUGACUUUGUCCAGCCUCCGCAGACAUGCAAAUGUUCACUCAUGGAGAAGAACAUAUCCUUGCCAUUACUGCAACAAAGUUUUUGCAUUGGCUGAGUACAGGACAAGACAUGAAAUUUGGCACACAGGAGAAAGGCGGUAUCAGUGCAUUUUCUGCCUUGAAACUUUCAUGACCUACUAUAUACUCAAAAACCAUCAGAAGUCUUUCCAUGCCAUAGAUCAUAGACUGUCCAUCAGUAAAAAAACGGCAAACGGAGGCUUGAAGCCUAGUGUCUAUCCAUAUAAACUUUAUAGACUCCUGCCUAUGAAAUGCAAGAGGGCUCCUUAUAAGAGCUACCGAAAUUCUUCCUAUGAAAAUGCUCGAGAAAGCAGUCAGAUGAGUGAGUCUGCACCUGGUCCCUAUGUUAUUCAGAAUCCACACAGCUCUGAAUUACCUUCACUGAAUUUCCAAGAUGGUGUGAACACCUUGACCAAGAGUCCAGCCAUCCCAUUGGAAACACCUGCAUGUCAGGACAUACCCACUUCUGCCAGUGUGCAAAAUGCAGAGGGCACCAAAUGGGGAGAGGAGACCUUGAAAGUGCAUCUUGACAAUAACUUUUAUUCAACUGAGGUGUCAGUUUCUUCCACUGAAAAUGCUGUCAGGUCUGACGUCCCGGCAGGGGAGGUUCCUGCGUUGUCUGUGAGUAAUGGCAGCGAGAACUCCGCCUCAGUGAUCAGCUACAGUGGCUCGGCACCCUCAGUCAUUGUGCACAGUAGCCAGUUUUCCUCGGUGAUAAUGCACAGCAACGCUGUUGCUGCCAUGACCAGCAGCAACCACAGAGCCGCUUCAGACCCAGCCAUCAGUCAGUCCCUGAAAGAUGACAGCAAACCUGAGCCAGACAAAGUGAGUAGAGUUGCCAGCAGACCCAAAAGCAUUAAGGAGAAAAAGAAAACUGUACCAUGUAACAGAGGAGAACUACCAGAGGAGUCAAAAUACAUUGCUGAUCCUGGAGGGUCGUUGAGCAAAACCACAAAUAUCAUUAAAGAAACCAGUAAAAUUGAAACCUACAUUGCAAAGCCUGCUCUCCCUGGAACCUCCACAAAUAGCAACGUCGCGCCCCUUUGCCAAAUAACAGUGAAAAUUGGGAAUGAAGCCAUUGUGAAAAGGCAUAUCCUAGGAUCUAAAUUGUUCUAUAAAAGAGGAAGAAGACCCAAGUAUCAAAUGCAAGAGGAGACUCUGCCACGAGAGAGUGACCCGGAGACCAAUAGAGACAGCCCACUUGGGCUUUGCCAAUCCGAGUGUGUGGAGAUGAGCGAAAUGUUCGACGAUGCAAGUGACCAGGAUUCCACGGACAAACCAUGGCGCCCUUACUACAACUACAAACCCAAAAAGAAAUCCAGACAGUUGAGAAAAAUGAGGAAAGUCACCUGGAGGAAAGAGCAUGAAAACAGGAGCCCAAGCAAUAAGUGUAAAUACCCAGCAGAACUGGACUGUGCUGUGGGGAAGGCUCCUCCGGAGAAGGCCUUCGAGGAAGAAGAAAAUAAAGAGAUGCCUCAGUUGCAGUGUGAACUCUGCGACGGAGACAAGGCCUCGGGGGCUGGAAACCAAGGACGGCCCCACCGACAUCUCACUGCCAGGCCCUAUACCUGUGAGCUCUGCGCCAAGCAGUUCCAGAGCCCGUCCACACUCAAGAUGCACAUGCGGUGUCACACCGGAGAGAAGCCGUACCCAUGCAAGACCUGCGGCCGGCGCUUUUCCAUGCAAGGAAACUUGCAGAAACACGAACGCAUCCACCUGGGCCUGAAGGAGUUCGUCUGUCAGUAUUGCAACAAGGCGUUCACGUUGAACGAGACCCUCAAAAUCCACGAAAGAAUCCACACUGGCGAAAAGCGCUACCACUGUCAGUUCUGCUUUCAGAGUUUUUUGUAUCUCUCCACAAAAAGGAAUCACGAGCAGAGGCAUAUUCGGGAGCACAACGGGAAGGGCUAUGCCUGCUUCCAGUGCCCCAAAAUUUGCAAAACAGCUGCUGCCCUGGGGAUGCACCAGAAGAAACACUUAUUUAAAAGCCCAAGUCAGCGGGAGAACACGGAAGGUGACGUGUGCCAUGAAAACUCAAAUCCCCUGGAGAAUCCACAUUUCAUUGAUUCAGAAGACAAUGGCCAAAAGGAUAACGUACAAACCAUUGUUGAAAAUGUCCUUUGAAUGGCGAUACUUAGAAAAA